GCGCCCGCAGCUCACUACACUUGUUACAGCUUGUCCUGAGCGCGGAGAGGGCGAGCUCCGGCCACGGGCAGGGCGGGAGCGAGCAGCCAGCGACCGAGCGAGGCAGAGAGGCACAGAGAUCGCAACAGUAUCCAUUAUAACCAGCCAUCUAACCCCACCCCCCCAACACACACCCAUCCAUCCCACCAGCCCCGAGAGGCAGCCAGCGGCCCGCUUCUCUGCGCCCAGGGAAAAAAACCCCAGCCAUGAGCAAUCAGUACCAGGAGGAGGGCUGCUCCGAGAGGCCCGAGUGCAAAAGUAAAUCUCCAACUUUGCUCUCCUCUUACUGCAUCGACAGCAUCCUGGGCCGGAGGAGCCCGUGCAAAAUGCGGCUGCUGGGAGCCGCGCAGAGCUUGCCUGCCCCGCUGGCCAGCCGCACCGACCAGGAAAAGGCCGUUCAAGGCUCCCCCAAGGGCAGCAGCGCCCCGUUCGAGGCCGAGCUGCACCUGCCGCCCAAGCUGCGGCGCCUGACCGCGCGGCCCGGGGAGCGGCCGGACGGCGCGGGGGCCGCCGUGGCCGCCGCGGCCGCGGCCGCCGCAGCCUGGGACACGCUCAAGAUCAGCCAGGCGCCGCAGGUGAGCAUCAGCCGCAGCAAGUCGUACCGCGAAAACGGGGCGCCCUUCGUGCCGCCACCGCCCGCGCUGGACGAGCUGGGCGGCCCGGGGGGCGCCGCGCACCCGGACGAGCGCCUCGGCGCGGCCGGUGGCCCCGGUGGCGCCCCGGCGGCGAGCAGCGGCACGGGCGCCGAGGACGAGGAGGAGGAGCUGCUGGAGGAUGAAGAGGACGAGGACGAGGAAGAGGAGCUGCUGGAAGACGACGAGGAGGAGCUGCUGGAGGACGACGCCCGCGCACUGAUCAAGGAACCGCGGCGCUGCGCCGUGGCCGCCACCGGAGCGGUGGCCACCGCCGCUGCCGCCGCCGUGGCCGCUGAGGGCGGGGAGCUGUCGCCCAAGGAGGAGCUGCUGCUGCACCCAGAGGACGCUGAGGGCAAGGACGGCGAGGACAGCGUGUGCCUGUCUGCGGGCAGCGACUCAGAGGAGGGGCUGCUGAAGCGCAAACAGCGGCGCUACCGCACCACGUUCACCAGUUACCAGCUGGAGGAACUGGAGCGGGCCUUCCAGAAGACGCACUACCCAGACGUCUUCACCAGGGAGGAACUGGCCAUGAGGCUGGACUUGACUGAGGCCCGGGUCCAGGUCUGGUUCCAGAACCGUCGGGCGAAGUGGCGCAAGCGGGAGAAGGCGGGCGCACAGACCCAUCCUCCGGGUCUGCCCUUCCCCGGGCCGCUCUCCGCUACCCACCCGCUCAGCCCCUACCUGGACGCCAGCCCCUUCCCCCCGCACCACCCCGCGCUCGACUCAGCCUGGACGGCCGCUGCCGCCGCCGCUGCCGCUGCCUUUCCGAGCCUACCUCCGCCUCCGGGCUCGGCCAGCCUGCCGCCCAGCGGGGCGCCGCUGGGCUUGAGCACUUUCCUCGGAGCCGCUGUGUUCCGGCACCCGGCCUUUAUCAGCCCUGCGUUCGGCAGGCUCUUUUCCACCAUGGCCCCCCUGACGAGCGCGUCGACUGCGGCCGCGCUGCUGAGACAGCCCACGCCGGCCGUGGAGGGCGCGGUGGCGUCGGGCGCGCUGGCUGACCCGGCCACGGCGGCCGCAGACAGACGCGCCUCUAGCAUAGCCGCGCUGAGGCUCAAGGCCAAGGAGCACGCCGCGCAGCUCACGCAGCUCAACAUCCUGCCGGGCACCAGCACGGGCAAGGAGGUGUGCUAAAGGCUGCCCUCCACCCUCGCGCCCCAGGCGCGAUCCGGAAAGGUCACCUCACUCAGCACCACUUAAGACCAAAUGGAAACAGAGGACCAGCACACUCCCGAGACGGCACUGAGAGAGCGCAGCCGCCUUCGCAGCAGCCUGGACGCGGGCAAGGCAGCCCUCGGCGCUACCGGACGUGGCACCUCCUCGGCUGGCUGUCCACCCGCCCCCGCCCCCGCCCCUGCCCCUGCCUCUGCCAACCUCGCUCCAACUCGAACGUCCACUCUCUCCCGUUCUUUUACUGAAAAUAUCCGGGAGGUUUUCUCCCUAAGACACCUGGUACUGAAGUUAAAAAAUUUAAAAGCCCAACCUCUCUUCCUCCUGACACCCCACUUAGCUUUUUUUAAAUUUUCCCAAUAGCAUUUUGGCGCUCUAAGUUUAUCUCCCCAGCGUGGGCCCCGGCUUCGGGCCGGGGAAGCGAAUGCGAAUCUGUAAGAUAGCUAACAGUGCACUUAACGGAAAGGGGCGUCUUGUUCUUGUUCUCUUCUUUAUCAUACACCAACCAAGGUUUUUAUAUCAAACCAAAGGGAAAUACUCUGCUAGAAUAUGGACUGUUGAAGUCACCAAACUGUGAUUAUUGAUUCUGUACAUACCAUUGUUAUUAAAAAAAAAAAAAGAA